AUGGCAGUAUUCCAGGACGAGGUGGAGAUCGAGGACUUUCAGUAUGAUGAGGACUCGGAGACGUAUUUCUACCCCUGCCCAUUUGGGGAUAACUUCUCCAUCACCAAGGAUCAGUUCAUGUGUGGAGAAAUAGUCCUAGCCCCUUCAAGCAACAAAGAACUGGUUAAAUGCUGAAGAAGCCUUCAGAAAUUCAAAUCCAGAGUAACUGGAUGGAAAUUGCAAGUGAAAAGGCCCUGGC